AUGCAUUCGCUCCAGCUCCGCAAGGCUUCAUCAGCACUUCUGGCUUCUCUCGCCGUGGCCAGUUCGGUCACCACCCGACAGUCAUCCUCACUUUCUUUAAUUGGUCCGAUCAACCUUGGAAUACCGAGCAUUGAAAUCAGCUCUAUUUCCAUAUCACUUGUUACCUUCGCCGACGAAGUCAUCGACAUCUCCGGCAUAUCGAUCUUUGGAAAUGUCAACGAUGGCACUGUCAACUGUACAUCAACCACAGACGAGACUGACACUUCAGUUGUCGGUCCAGUCUCUGUUCCAGCUGAAGGUGCAACCCAGAUCAACUUGUCGUUGAUCACGUUUGGGGACGAAGUUAUAGACUUCUCAAAUGUUGCGAUUUUUGGAGAUGUGAAUGAUGUCGGAUGUGACUAG